AUGACCGGAUCCGCCCCUCUGGGGGACGGACGGCCGGCUUGGGGCACCGACGGCGACGGGCCGAGCCGGACCAAGCCGCCGCCGCGCCUGGACGGGGCGCCGCUGCCUCGCGGCAUCUCCGGCGACGGGCACCCUCCCCGGCCGGCCGCGUCCAACCGGUUCAACACGGAGCGCCGCCGGGCAGGGUCCUGCAGGUCGGGGCGUCCAACCGUAUUUGAGAUUCCGAUUGGUUUCUGCCUGCGCGUGUUCAGGAUGGUUGAGAGGUCGGACCUGGUGGCUCUCGAGUUCCUCAUGUCCAAGCAGCCGCGCGGCAGAGUCCGCGUCUCCGAAGGCAACGCCGUGGGAGCUCGCGCGCCCAACAUCUUCAACGAGGUCGCCAAGUUCCAGAAAAGAUUCGAGGAGAUGAAGCACACAUCCGCAACAAGAGAAUCCCAGGAGACAGAGACAGUCAAGCAAUCAAGGACUUCAUCCGUGCACACCAUCAGAUCCAUGUCAAACUGGUGGUACUGGCGUCCAUUCGGGUCAUCGGCGCCAGCCACCAUCAUCCUCGCUUCACGCCUCCUACCGCCGCCGGCGGCAGCAUCAUCUUCUAAAGCAGCUGACCCCGUGGCGGACAGACUCCAAGAAGCUGUCGCCGCCCAGCAUAAAACGGAAGGCGCGGCGACCGCAGCCGCGGCGCACGCCCACCGCGACAACUACUGGACCCCGCAGCUGAACCUGCCAUCGUCUGCCUCUCCACCGAGCAUUCACCAGAGGGGAAAGGGACGCUCCGCAAGGGCACAGCCGGCGCAGAUUGAUUUAGGUGGCAACAUUUGA